AUGACGCCCCCGGGCUUCAACGUCUCUGCCUCCGGACCCAGCGAGACCACAACUACCACCGAGACAGUGGUCAUUUCGACCGUCGUUGGCCCCACGUCCUCGCCAGUCGUCACCGUCACCGUGUCCGCCCCUCUUACCAGUACCACUACUGUUGUCGUAGCUCCUCAGAGCUCCCCAUGCACUACGACCACUACUUCGAUACCUGUAGUAACCAGUACUGUGACAGUGGUUACUCAGCGUCCACAGACCAAAACCGUGACAGUUAUUUCUCAGCGUCCACAGACAAGCACUGUGACAGUUGUUGCUCAGCGUCCACAGAUCACCACUGUCGUCGUGACAGCUCCUCGGGUUCAAACCACCACUGUCGUCAUGACAGCUCCUCGGGUUCAGACUACCACUGUCGUCGUGGCAGCCCCUCAGAUUCAGAUUAAUACCGUCACUGUGGAGAAGCCGGCUUCCACUGUAAUCUACCAGCAACCAGGCACCACAUCCAUCGUUACUGUACAGAACCCAGCUUCUACUGUCGUCUACCAGCAACCAGGCACAACUUCCACUGUCACCUAUCACUACCAGGAUCCAGCGUCCACCAUCAUGCUCCAGCCACCAACUGUUACUGCUUCGCGCUCACCACACGUGCUCGAGAUUCCCGUCACUGUGAUCACGACCGCGACCCACACCGUAGCCAGAUCAGUUCGUGCCAACCAAACCCCUGCACCUAUGUCUCCCCGCGAUAGCAUUAUCGCCAAGCCAAUGUGCGACUCUUGCGACGGUAACGCGGAGUGCGAUGUAAGUUGA